AUCAAACCCUGAAAAAAUAUUUAUUGCAAAAUCGUCCCCUGUUAUCUUUAUCAUCAUCUUCUUCUAAAACCAUGACAUCCUCAGACACCUAUUUUUCCGUUGUCUAUGUAUUUUAUAAUUUCAAGCUCACAACGAGCCCCUUAAAUCGGUUUCAAGUACCUUUUCUUUGAAAGAUCUCAUCUUUUUUAAGAAAGCAAAACCCAUCUCGAUAAGCAGUUUCUUCUACUCUUUUUCUGAAUUCUGUAUUGGAAAGAAGAUCUGUUCUGGGUUUUGUUAUUUCGAUUUUCCUUUAAUAUUAUCUUCUAUAAUUGUUAUUAUUAUUUAAAACUUCGUGACCUCGCGUUGCAGAUUCAAAGUCGAUUUCUUUAUAUUUUGUUGCGCAAAGGAGCUUCUAUUUCUUUGCAAAUGUGAGUUUUUUUAUUUUUUGCGAUAAAUUCUUUCUUUAUCAAAUCUCCUAAAAUACCCAUUUCAAGACCAUUCAUUCAAUCUUGAGCUCCAAAGGUUCCAAAAAUUGACCGUUUCAUGGUCUCUGUAUUUCCUUCUUUCCCCGUUUGACAAAAGAAAAGCCUUUUUUCCUUUAAACAAGCCAUCAAUCUCUAUCUCUGUUGGAUCUACCUCAAAAAAUGUAUGGCACUCAAAGCAAGCAAGACCUUGCCUUGGAAUUCCAGUCUCAAAUCCCAAUCUUGAGGCCUAGCAUCCAUGCGAGGAGGGCCAAUAUCACCGUCAAAUUCCAAGACCUUUAUGGGUUUACUGUAGAGGGCAAUGUGGAUGAUGUUAAUGUGUUAAAUGAGGUGAGAGAGAAGGUGAGGGAACAGGGUCGCGUUUGGUGGUCUCUAGAGGCCAGCAAAGGUGCCAAUUGGUACCUUCAGCCACGGAUUUCUUCGAUAUCUGAAGGAAUUGCAUUGAAAUCAUCCUUAAAGUUGUCAACGGUAGCGAAUGCCAUCACAUUGAAGAGGCUGAUAAGGAAAGGGAUACCGCCUGUGUUGAGGCCUAAAGUGUGGUUCUCGCUUUCAGGUGCUGCGAAGAAAAAGUCUACUGUGCCGGAUAGCUAUUAUAACGAUAUGAUAAAGGCGGUAGAAGGGAAGGUUACGCCGGCUACAAAGCAAAUUGAUCAUGACCUGCCACGAACAUUUCCUGGUCAUCCUUGGUUGGACACUCCAGAGGGUCAUGCUACGCUUCGUCGUGUUCUUGUUGGGUACUCUUUCCGAGAUUCUGAUGUUGGCUACUGUCAGGGUUUGAAUUAUGUUGCAGCACUUUUAUUGCUUGUGAUGAAAACGGAGGAAGACGCUUUCUGGAUGCUGUCUGUCUUACUUGAAAAUGUCUUGGUUAAUGAUUGUUACACAAAUAACUUGUCGGGAUGCCAUGUUGAACAAAGGGUUUUCAAGGACUUGCUAGCUAAGAACUGUCCUAGGAUAGCUGCACAUCUGGAAGAACUAGAGUUUGAUGUCUCCCUUGUUUGCACUGAGUGGUUCUUGUGCCUCUUUUCUAAGAGCUUGCCUUCAGAGACAACUUUGCGGGUGUGGGAUGUUCUUUUCUUUGAAGGGGCGAAGGUUUUAUUCCACGUAGCUUUGGCUAUAUUUAAGAUGAAGGAGGAAGAGUUGCUUCUAACUCACCAGGUUGGUGAUAUAAUUAACAUAAUACAGAGGACCACUCAUCACCUCUUCGAUCCUGAAGAAUUGUUGACGGUGGCUUUUGAUAAGAUCGGUUCGAUGACUACUACCACGAUUUCAAAGCAAAGGAAAAAGCAGGAACCGGCAGUGAUGGCGGAGCUUGAUCAGAGAUUGAGACGACUAAAUUCACUGAAAAUGGAUGAGAAAAACGACCUUUGAUGUAGCAAGUUGAUCAAACUGUAAAAAUAUAAGUCAUCUGACUCAUCCUAGUAAGGGCCUGUUGCCCUUCUGGAGGAAUGGUAUCUCGAGUCCGUGGCUGCUUCUCUCUCUUCAAUGACCAAUGUAAGAGUGUUGGUUUAAAUGAUGUUGUAGUUGGUAAAUGUAAAUUUUGAAACUUUAUUGCCAUUUAAGUUAUAUAUCAAUUCAGGGCAACAAUGAAUUCUCUCUGCCCUGAUGUGAGGUGAUGAAAUCCAAAACUGUUACCAGCUUAGUUUGUGUUUGGAUA